AUGGCGAGGUCAUCGAGACGGCUGGCUGUGCCAGUCUUCAUCCUUCUCCUUGCCCUGUUAUUCGUGUUCCCCUCAGCCGCAGUGAAGCAUCAUGACUUUAAGAGGUGUGAUCAGUCUGGCUUCUGUGCUCGCAACAGGGCCAUAGCCGAUGAAAUGACCUCUUUGGGCAAGCCAGACACUUCUCCCUACGUUGUCGAUGCCGCUUCUCUCAAGCUAAAGAGUGGCCGGCUAGAUGGCAUGAUCCUGAAGACCACCAAGACUGGCGAACAAGUCAAACUGCCGUUGACAAUCUCCUUGCUCGAGGGUGGGAAGGCGAGAAUCACGGUCGACGAAGAGCGACGCCAGAAGGGCGACAUCGAACUACGACACAACAGCGUUGCUCGAAAAGAGAGGUACAACGAGGCGUCGGCUUGGGCCCUGACUGGAGCUGGUCUUCAGCAGCAGAAGUCCGCCAAGUUAGACAGCACCAAAGACAAGAGCGAGAUUUCUUGGGGUGAAAAUGGGAAGUACAAGCUCGUACUAAACCACAACCCUUUCGGAGCUACGUUCUUCUCUGGAGACGAGAAGCAAGUCGAGCUAAACGGCCGCGGAUACAUGAAUGUCGAGCACUGGAGACCAAAGGUCGAAAAGCCGAAGGGCGAUGAGAGCGAAACAGAAAGCAAAGACCUACAACCGCAAGAAGAUGAAAGCACCUGGUGGGAGGAGACCUUCGGCGGCAAUACUGACUCGAAACCGAAAGGCCCUGAGAGCGUGGCUAUGGACAUCGUGUUCCCCGGGUAUGGCCAUAUCUUUGGCCUGGCAGAACAUGCCGGUCCGCUCUCGUUAAAGGAGACUCGAGGCGGAGACGGCAACUAUGACCAGCCAUACCGAAUGUAUAACAGCGAUGUGUUCGAAUACGAGUUGGACAGCCCGAUGACUCUGUACGGAAGCAUUCCCUUCGUACAGGCUCACAAGAAGGGCGGGUCAGUCGGCAUCUUGUGGCUGAACGGUGCUGAAACAUGGGUCGAUAUUACGAAGAACAAGCACAGCACGCUGGGCAUCGGAAGUGGCGUUGUCGACACCCAGACGCAUUGGAUCUCCGAAAGUGGUCAGCUUGAUGUUUUCGUCAUGAUCGAUGCGACUCCCACAUCGCUUUCGAAGUCUUACGGUGAGCUUACAGGCUACACUGUUUUGCCAGCAACGUUUGCUAUCUCCUACCAUCAAUGUAGAUGGAACUACGUCAGUGACGAAGAUGUCAAGGAUGUCGACCGAAAGUUUGACAAGUUCAAUAUCCCUUACGAUGUCAUCUGGCUCGAUCUCGAAUACACAGAUGAUCGAAAGUACUUUACUUUCGAGCCAAACAACUUUCCGGACCCCAUCAGCACGGAGAAGCAGCUGGACGAGACAGAGAGAAAGCUGGUUGUCCUAAUCGAUCCUCACAUCAAAAACAAGGACGGCUAUUUCGUGGUCGAGGAACUCAAGAGCAAAGAUUUGGCUGUCAAGAACAAAGACAACAACAUAUACGAAGGCUGGUGCUGGCCUGGAAGCUCACAUUGGAUCGACUGCUUCAAUCCAGCCGCGAGGACUUGGUGGAAAACACUCUUUCCCUUCAACCGUUUUAAGGGCACUAUGAACAACGUCUGGAUCUGGAACGACAUGAAUGAGCCAUCGGUGUUCAAUGGUCCAGAGGUGACGAUGCCAAGAGACAAUAUUCAUCAUGGGAACUGGGAACAUCGUGAUGUACACAACAUCAACGGCAUGACCUUCCACAAUGCUACUUACCACGCUUUGCUGGAACGCCAGAAGGGCGAAACGCUGCGUCCAUUCGUACUUACCCGGGCUUUCUAUUCUGGUUCCCAAAGAUCAGCCGCCAUGUGGACAGGAGACAACCAGGCUGAUUGGGGUCAUCUCGCCGCGUCCAUACCCAUGGUCCUCAACCAGGGCGUUUGUGGCUUUCCCUUUGGCGGCGCUGACAUUGGCGGCUUCUUCGGCAACCCAAGCAAGGAACUGCAAACUCGCUGGUACCAGGCUGGCGCCUUCUACCCGUUCAUGCGUGGCCAUGCACACAUCGAUGCUCGCAGAAGGGAGCCGUACCUGGCCGGAGAACCAUAUACAGGUAUCAUGACGCAAGCGAUUCGUCUCCGAUACUCACUAUUGCCUGCUUGGUAUACGGCCUUCCAUGAAGCGUCGGUUGAUGGCUACCCGGUGGUGCGCUCGCAAUACUACGUCCAUCCAGAAGACGAGAAAGGCUUCGCCAUCGAUGAUCAGAUGUAUCUUGGCUCCACUGGUCUACUCACUAAGCCGGUUGUCACGGAAGGCGCCGAGAGCGUCGACGUAUACCUGUCGGACGAUGAGAACUAUUUCGAUUAUUUCGACUACACGAUCUAUAACGGCGCCGGGAAGACCCACAACGUCCCGGCCCCACUCGAGAAGCUGCCAUUGCUGAUGCAGGGCGGCCACAUCAUACCACGAAAAGAUCGCCCAAGGAAGAGCUCUGGAUUGAUGAAGUGGGAUCCGUAUACGCUGGUAGUUGUGCUUGACAAGAAGGGCGAGGCUCAUGGCAGCUUAUACGCCGACGAUGGAGAGACAUUCGACUACGAGCAAGGCGCAUACGUCCAUCGCAGCUUCAGCUUCGCGGAAGGGAAGCUCAGCAGCGAGGAUGUUGGCACCAAAGGCUCAAAGACUUCAGCUUACCACAAGACAGAGAAGGAUGUGAAGAUCGAGAAGAUCAUUAUUGUGAAUGCACCUGCCUCGUGGGAGAGCAAGAGGGAGGUCUCGGUCAGUGGUGCAACGGCUGAGCUGAGCUUCCAUGCAGCGAAGGGCAAGGCUGCUGCUUGGGCAGUCGUGAGGAAUCCGAACAUUGCUAUCGGCUCAGAUUGGAGUAUAGAAUUUCAAGCUCCUGGCGAAGAGUGUUCUGCCACAUUCUUCUAUCGCCUCGGCGCGUGUCCUAAGCUGGGUUGCGUUCUGCCACCUGAUCAAGCUGACUUCAUCCCCGGGUCGUUCUUCGACAUCCGACUUGAGGUCCACGCGCCUCAGAACGGCAGUGAGAAGAUCGAAGGUUACACAACACCAGACUCGAACUUCACCUUCACUAUCCGCAAAGAUGGCGACGAGGGCGAAGGCGUGCCUGCGGCAGAGUUCUUCUCCGUGGAAGAGCCGGAGCUCGAGACAUGGAACUUCACCUGGUACGAGGAUCUAUUCGCGGAAGUGGCCAAGACCCCGUCCCUUGUCAGCGUGGCGUCGAAGGCAUACAGGCGGGUUGCGUUGAACGAGACCGGGAAUUACAUCGCGACGUUGACCUACCAAGACGGUGAGACCACUGUUGCGAACUGGACUGUCAGGGAGAUUCCAGCCGAGCGGAAGGCGAAGAACGUCAUUCUCUUCAUUGGUGACGGCAUGACGACAAACAUGAUCACGGCGGCGCGCCUCAUCGGCCACCACUCCGUCAACGGCGUAUACCAGUCGAAGAUGGCGAUGGACGGCUUUCCAGUUCUUGGACACCAGAUGACGCACUCACUCGAUUCGUACAUUACGGACAGCGCCAACAGCGCCACGUCACUGUACUCGGGUCACAAGAGCAACGUGAAUGCCCUCAACGUCUACGCCGACAGCAGCAAAGAUCCCUUCGACGACCCCAAGUUCGAGACCGUCCAAGAGAUCUUCCACCGCCUUUACAAAGGUGGCAUCGGCAUCGUGACCACUGCUUUCCUCGCAGACGCCACUCCAGGUGCGGUCACCGCACACACGCGACUACGCGCCGAGUACGAGUACGUGGUCGACUCCUUCCUCCACGGUACGCCCAACUACACCUGGUCCGAUUGGGAAGGAUGCGACGUCAUCUUCGGUGGCGGCGCGGAGCAAUUCCUGCCUGGAAAGACCUCAUUCCAGGGACAAGACUACUAUGAGCUGUUCUCGGAAGCCAACUACACCGUAGUGCACAACCUCACCCAGCUGAACGGCACCGACCCUAGCCAGAAACACCUCGGCGUGUUCUCUGUCUCCAACAUGAACGUCUGGCUGGACCGAAAUGUGUAUAAGGACACCCUGAAGAAAUCCAAAUCACCCACAGGCGAGACGAACGCCACCGCACCCGACCAGCCUGGCCUGAAAGAGAUGACCUUGAAAGCUCUUGAGGUCCUCUCAACCCGCCACCCGGAGGAUGGCUUCAUCCUGAUGUCCGAGGCCGCUAGCAUCGACAAGCAGAUGCACGUGCUCGACUACGAUCGCGCCCUUGGCGAUCUCCUCGAGCUGGAUGAUACCAUCAAGGCCACUCUUGCCUGGCUGGAAGAGAACGACUUGCUCGAAGAUACCCAAGUCAUCGUCACCGCCGAUCACGGCCACGCCUUCGAUGUCGCUGGUGGCGUCGACACCAAAUACCUCAACGAGGCCGAGGGCGACCGCGAGAAGCGCAAUGCUGUCGGCACAUACGAGCAGUCCGGCCUGACCGGCUACCAAAUCGCAAACACUUCUGCGCCGCAGGGCUCCGAUCAGAACUUGGUCUACGCCGAAGGCACCAGCUUCCCUGCGAACUGGGAUCCAAGAAACACAUUGUAUGCCGGCACAUUCUCGAGCCCGGACCGGAGGGAGAACUAUCAGGUUCACAAGAACGGCCCACGCAAGCCUGCGAUCAACAUCACAGGUUUCGAUGAAGAGGUAGGGAGCUUUUCAACUGCACCUUCUCAUAAAUAUCCUUCAAUGUUUCGACAGGUGGCUAACAAGAUCUUCCAGGACUUCUACGUCAACUACAUCGACGCCGUCACCGGCUUCCUCGUCAAUGGCACUCUCCCCGUCGACGCCGACCAGGGCGUACACUCGCUCACAGACGUCCCAGUCUUCGCGCGUGGACCAUGUCAGGAGCUUUUCAGCGGCGUGUUCAACAAUAUUGACAUCGCUUUCAACAUUGCCACUUGCUUGGGCCUCGGCAGGACGCAAUGA